AUGCCGGCUUCUGGACCCCCAGAAGCCAUCCAUCCCAUCCCCCCAGGCGACAACGCCAUCCUUGCUCUGGAUCAGAUGCGCUUCCUCGGGCGAGACCGACAGUUUCCUGAAGCCCAGAGAUGCGGCAUAACCAUCGACGAUGACAUGUGUGACGCGCUUAUCGGCAGUGCGAACAACUUGAUCAAGCACAUCGAGGUCCACCUCGCGCGCCUUCGGGCCCUUAGUAACGAACAGCUCGCUACCACGUUCUUUCGCUUGGGCUGCUAUCCUGUGCACCACGACAGCAUUCGGGACAUCGAGCAACAAGCACGCGAGUACGGAGACAAGAUGGCCGAAAAGUAUUGUCCCAUUGCAGACUGUCCCCACCCCAAGAUCAUAAAGCCUGAGCAGCAUUACAGCAGCCUCGCGCUACACGGGAGCGAGCCGUUCACACGACAACGCUUACGCCCUCCCAUAACCCUCCAACCUGUCCAGUUGAGUCACUUGCCACCGCUGCCGACUGCGGUAGCGCCCUACAACAUUACCUGCCACGAGAUUCAACCGUUCCGGGGCCAGGGUGAGGGCCCGCGCAAGAACUCUCCCGAGAACAAUUUCCCCAUCAUUCCCGUCGACUGCCGCAAAGGCGACCCGCUCAUGAUCGCCAACGGUUCAGGGAUACCGGACGAGCGAGGCAUGAGCGUGUACUGGUCAUCGGACUUCUUCCGACCCAUCGACGAAGUCGACUCCGACGACGAGAAUGCGACCGUGGGUGCGGCCUCUGUUCCUGGCAGCUCCAUGGGGACAGGUAUGAUGGGCACCGGCAAACCCGUCGCGCUCUCGCGCGGGAGACGCUCAGUCAGCGUCCUGUCCGACGCGACGUUCCUUCCAGACUCGCCGCAAUCGGCCUUCGCCGCAGGAAUCUCGAGGCUCCCGUCGCUGCCAGCCGUCUCAGAGCGACGGUCGACCCGCAGCGCCUUGGUCGGACCAACAAACCCGACGCCAUCAGUCCGGACAACCCCUGCCCCAUCAUCCCUACCUUCAUCCCUUCCUGAGAGUGAGCCAGGCCUGUCGUUGUCGCGGAAUGACUCGCUCGGCAUGAUCCCCACCCGUCCCUCGACCCCCAUCGCCUCGCAACCGCGUCCUAGUCGCACGGCCGCGUCCUCCUCCAUGUUACCACCACUUGGUAUCGACAGGGACGGCAUGAUCAAACUCACCCGCCACGUGCCGUUUCCUCCGUGGCACAAGCCCGUCCCGCAAGGCAUGUCGGGGUCAUCGGUUACUGUGGGUCCGCCCAAAAUAAUCUUGCGCGAGAUCAUGAACCCAUUGCAGUACGUGCGGCAGGCUCGGCAGCGGGCCGUGGAUUCGAACACGGGGGAGUCGACAAACGAGCUGGACGCAGCCAUGGGAACACAGUACGAGGAGCGCGAUGAGUUGGAGAAGGAUGUCGAAUCAUCGUCCAAGGCUGACAGCGCACCACUUCUGGCGUCGAAGGCGAGACGCAAACGCAAGCGACUGACCGACGAGCAGAUCGACAAAGCAGCGCACGCAUAUGCGCAGCGUAAGACCGGUGUGCUAAUCGGCUUUGCGUAUUGGACGGCAUACUCGAACUUUCUGGACGACAACGAUCACCACGUCGCGCUCGUUGAGGAGGAGGACAUCCGCAACGCUGCUGGUAACACUGAAAAGCUUAAGGUGGCUCCUGACAAUGGCGACUCGUUGGAAGUAACGGAUUCUAACCAAGCGGUCGUUAUCGCUGCGUCCGCCUAG